CAAAGUGGGUGUGGUUAAAGUUGUGUCACAGCAUUUUGUUGCUAGGCUGCUAGCUUUAGCUUUAGCUUGUGAUCUCUUCAACUAGACUUAUUGCUUAUCGAAAUCACAAAGCAAUGCAAACGCCGUACUUAAAUAACGGCAACUAUAUGCAACGAUACAUUUAAACAAUCAAACAGUGGGUGACGUUGUGCUCGGAUUAAACCAACAGCGUCAGAGGGCAGCUCAACUAACGCUAACGCUACCCAUAUAAUAUAUAACGUAAGGCGCAAAGUCGUCGCUUGCUAACUUAGCAUCCUCGCUACCAGUUGGCAUGCUGUAGGUAUUUUUUAUUAUAUGACAUUCCGUGAACAUUUACAAAGUCGUUGCAUCAAUACAUGCACGUAAGCCUCCAGUAACACGGCGAACAAACUGGCAAGAUGGAGCUGCAGAUAUUAAGGACGUGAGACAGGCAAGAAAAUGUUGGUAACUCACCAAAAAAAGCUAUGAACUGGAAAGACACACAAUGGUGAAAGUAUUCCCUUGUACACCCCCACUGUCAUGACAUCAACAAGGAGAUAUGGGCAUCCUAAGACUGGUAGUCAGAGUCAUGGGUAGGAUCAGUACUUUCAGGUCCUAUCAGUUUGUGCUUCUCCUGGCUGCAGCACUUGCUGUUGUAGCUUUUUACUACUUUGGCUCAGAGAGGCAGAACUUUUCCAGCACCACUAAGAGGAUCAAGCACACCCAGGCCACCCACAACGCCAACAGGAAUGAUGCUGACCUAACCGUGGACACCAGGCUUUCCCACCCAGCUGGAUUGGAGGAGCAAAGAGAGGAAGAUGGAGAUGUAGGAGGAGAGAGUGAGGGGUUGAGGUCCAGGAAAAGGGACAGUGGUGACACGGGUGACCAACGCUUCCACGCACUCAUGAUGUUCACCAAGGUGGACAAGAGCCGGAGCCUGCAGGACAAGUUCAGGGUGGCCAUGUUGUCUAUGGUUAAGUAUGGAGACUUCGUUGAAGGAGAGGUGUUGGUCCUUCAUUUUGUGAGCGACCAGGCCAGCAAAGAACUGGGAGAGAGGAUGCUGCUGGAGUUUCUCCUUGAUGCAACGUUUAAGUAUGAGGUGUUCUUUCAUGAUGUGGUGGCUCUCACACAGAAGCUAUUCCCUAUUGUGGAGGCCAUGCAGAAGCACUUCAGCGCUGGCUCUGGUGCUUACUACAGCGACGCCAUCUUCUUCCUGUCUGUUGCCAUGCAUCACAUCAUGCCUGACGGCCUCACGCGCAUAGUGCAGCUAGACCUGGACCUGAAAUACCGGACCAACAUCAGGGACCUUUUCCAAGAAUUUGACCAGUUUCCUCCAGGAGCCGUAAUAGGUAUCGCCAGAGAGAUGCAGCCAGUCUACAGACACACCUUCUGGCAGUAUCGUAAGGAGAACCCUCAGACCAGAGUAGGCGAUCCUCCUCCUAACGGCCUCCCGGGCUUCAACAGCGGCGUGAUGUUAUUGGACCUAGGUGCUAUGAGGGACUCGGCGCUCUAUAACCAAUUGUUGGAGCCCAGCAACGUGGCCAAACUAGCAGACCAGUAUCGCUUCAGGGGCCACCUGGGGGACCAGGACUUCUUCACCAUGAUCGGCAUGGAGCAUCCUGAACUGUUUUAUACGUUGGCCUGUGGGUGGAACCGGCAGCUGUGCACCUGGUGGCGGGACCACGGAUACGGAGACGUGUUUCAGAUGUAUUAUCGCUGUGAUGGACUUGUAUAUAUCUACCAUGGGAACUGCAACUCUCCUAUACCGGAUGACUGAUGUAGGCACCGGACUGAUGCUGGAACCCAAAAGGAGACUAUGACAUCUACAAUAUAGUUUAGGGAAAAUAUUUUUCCUGCUUUUUGGAAGGGAGGAUUUUGACUUAUACGGCAGUUUCUUUUCUUGACCACUAUAAUGCCAGUGUAGUCACAGACUCCGCCCCCUGCCGGCCAUGGGGCCCAUAAAAGUUGCUACAAAUAUGGCGUUCAACCGUGUCAUUGUAGAAUAAAUCUUGGUCAGGUUGAAAGCCCCCCGUUACAGCAAUGCAAGGAGCUGCAAUAGUUGGCACACAUCUCUUCAGGUACAGAGAAGAUGAAAUAUGAUUUCCGAAGUUCAGAUCCACUUAUUUUCAGAUUUAAGAGUAGAAAUACACUGUUCACGUUACAAAAUAAGCUACCAGGACCUCUUUUUGCCUGUAUUUGAUUGACCAACACAGCACCUUACUGAAUAAGGCUCUUUCCGGAGCCACUCGGGCGCAAGGCACAACAAACUGCCACAGUUCCUUUUAAACAUUUUUCUGCAGGUAGCAAAGGGGGCGGUGGGGGUGGGGGUUACAACAGACUGCAGGAGGGGUCGGGGAGAUAAAGGUUAACAAUUGUGGCUGUUGUUUGUGACCCUUUGUUUGCAGUUGAGCUGAGGCCAAACACGCACGUUUCAGAAAGAGUGAAGCGGCCAUGUAGACACUGACCCAUUUUGGAGUUUUCUUGCUGUGCUCACUGAACUGCCACAUUCAAAGAAAAGUCAACACUCAAUACUCAUCAGUCAGGAAAUUGUCUGAUGCACACAUGUACACACAGUGAGAGUGAAGCAGCUGAAUAGCCUGCCCUUCACCAUCAGUGCAGUCUAAGACUGAAGGCACUUGAGAAUAAACAUUAUCGCAAAUCAAUGCGCUUCUCUUGAAUUCCCCCUGAAGCUGGUCAAUACUUUUUUAGGCUCUUUCAGAACAACCAUCUUCAAUCUCCACAGCUCUAAAACACACGGAACCGUUGAAUCAUAGUAACAAAUGAAAAUUAACUUCCAUUCUGUUUCCAAUUGCACUUUACAACUUCGAAACACAAUCUUUAUCAUCAAGGGUUGUGUUGACGAGACGACAGGUAGAUUUAUUUUAUUGCAUUGAUUUUGAUUUGUUCUUUGUUUUAAAGACCUCUCCAGAUUUUGUAGUUUUUGAUUGAUUUCCAUUCUUUAGGCAGCAAUUCUUCAUAGUGGUGCAUUUGAGGAAAGGAUACUGGUUUGCUGAAGAACAUUGUAUUUUAACUAUGUUAACUAUGUUUAAAAAUUAGAAAUGCAGACAUGGACACUGUGAAAACUCUGCUGCCAACUGCUGUUAUGAGCGUCUUUUUAUGCCAGUAGAGUGAGUUAUUCUUGAUCACAACUGCAUUAUUACAGUGGGAAAAAAAACAAGAAAAAUGCAAUUAAUAAUUCAAUGUGAUGAAUUUCACAGAAACAUUGAAAGUUUAUUUAAGUUGGCAUUUAUAAUGUAGUUUAAAGAACUGAAACCACCGGCAAAUGGAACUAAUCUAAAAAAGUACAUGUUGCUCUGGUUGGCAUAUUGCAAAGCGGUAGAUUAUGGGCUACUCAUCCUUUUGAAAUAUAUAUAUUACUCUUACCUGUAGAUAACUUUGAUCUCCUGUGAUCUGACUAAAAGACCCUCUGGGUUAUGCCAGCAAUGAAUCACUCACUCAUCUCCAUUGCGCCGGCUGGCACAUAGGGCAGCAACAAAGUACCUCCACUUCCUUCUGUCUUAGGCCAAUAACCCCAAUCCAGCAAUGAAUAGAUAGUAUUAAUUGGAAUCAAACACUUUCUCUAUUCCCUUUAUAAUAAGUAUCAAAUGACAUAUCUGUAGUUAUUUCCAGCAACCUCCUUUGAAAUUAUGGGAAGAAAAAAAUAAGUGUUAACCCAUGUUUUUGUGUUACUUUUACCCACCAACACAACUGUGUGUAGGCUAACUUGGGAAAAUAACUGGAGAUUCAAGAUGGUGUGCAGUGAGAAUGAUCAGGUUUGUGAAAGCAGCCAAACAUUUCUUUAAUGAAUGUUCGACUCAAUGACUUUCAUACACACCUGUGACACAAAUACAGUAAACUUCUGGUUGUUUUUGUCUCUACAUUAUUUCACAACGUUGACAUUUUGUUUCUUUUGUGUGAUCAGCAUUCCUAAAUAAAUUAUAUGUCACUUUUUUUUUUUAAAGGUGUUAUUGUUUUAUGUACAGUAAUAUUGCAGACAUUAGUUAUUGUCUGUCCCUGGUUCAGUUAUUAAACAGCUCACAUGAGAGAGGACCUUUAGUUUGAUGUGUUAUGAGGGAGAGCUGACAACACAUCCUCAUGAAAAAGGGGAAGCUUUUAGUCACUUCAGGGUUAUAAUGAGGUGGUAAAAAAGACAAUGCAUGUGAACGGAGAGCCCUCGCAUUUCUCGUUCUACACAUUUGUGACUGUGUUCUUUGUCUGCUCUGCGGUAGACAUGACCCAUUUGUGUCACUCAAAUUUGCCGACGCAGGUAGCGAACGCUCCAUAGACAGAAAAAACAAUAUCAAUCAGCCUUGACCCCUGAAUGUGCCGACAUUAAAAUAAGUUUGCUUUUUUUGAAAAAUGUCCUGUUGGUUCAUAUUCAACAUACAACAGGUACAAUAAUGAAGACAGUUGGUGAGGAGAAGGCAGAUUCAGGCAUGUCUACCUUUUUUUUAAUCUGACAGCAGAUAUUGUCCCUCGGGAAUUUCAUGAGUCAUCGUGAAAUAAUGCAUAUGCAUAUCUUAAAUGCCCAUAAAUAUUUUAGCAGCAGGUAAACAAGCUACAAAGUUUCAACUGUUGAUCCCACAUUGCAAACACACUGCACCAUUAACAACAUGGUGUUUCACACUUUGAAGUUCCAGUGUCUAGCCGUAUACAACAGCUUCUAACUUGAUGAAGUUAUAUUAAUAGGGCUGUGCAUAAUAAUCGUGGGCUAAGUAGCCUUUCAGUGUGCUAUGAUUUCUAAAAAUCCCUAUACCUGUAUCCAUCGCCAAACAUUUUGAGAUUUACCUUCAUGCGAGCAGCAGAGACAGCAGGCUGCUAUAGAUUUGGUACAGCAGCAGCAUGUUUUAUCCAAGAAACACAAACAGCUCAAUGUAGCGCUUAGUGAGACUCCUACCGAUUGACAGUGGAAGGAAGACAAAUGCUCUGCAGAACCUAUAGCUGCUGUAACAGCUAAUCAUAGAUGACUCACUAAGUCAGGGGCGUAUUCAAAGCCAGCAGAAACAUCACAUGAUGAUACUCCUACUGACAUGCACACAAAGUGAACAGCAUAUGAACAAGUGUAGGAGCCCACGCAGGUGAUCUGACCUGGUUUUUGUCUGUGAACUACUUCCAUUUGUUUCUGACAGUGUUGCUUAUAACAUACUGGAACUCUUUACUUUUAUACUUUGGCACUCCUAGCAGACAGCAUGGACAUAUUAGCUUUCCUGAACUUGUUUCAUCUUGUAAUACCAAAAUAUUUGCCUGAAAUGAUCCCUUUCUUGUUGGCUGUGACUGUUCUUUCUGACAAUUUGACACUUCUGAGCUUGACCUAUAGCCAUGUUGCAUUAGUAAUGAUGACAUUACCAAAACAAAAAAAAAAUAGAUAUAGAAUGGCACCACUGAAAUAGCUUUGAAGUUUGAAGAUCAGAAUACUAAUAUAGCAAACAACUAUUUUCUAUAAAGAUAUGGUGGAAUAAGAGCGUCCUGAGCAGAGAGUGAAGUCACAUUCCCUCUGUGUGUCCGAGCUUCUCUUUGCUCUGUUUAUGUAGCUGGUCCAUCCACGCGCGUGUUUUGAAAUGCAUUUACAUGACAUGAUCUGUGUGACAAUGUGUAAGUAACUUGAUUUUGACAGUAUACAUACGUGGUUUACAAAUUCAUUUAUGCCUGUAUGUGUGUGUGUGUGUGUGUGUGUGUGCUGCUGACACAGUACUCCACUGGAGAAAAUGUAGGCCAGUAUCUUCUGAGCACUCUGUCUCUGCACUCUGCCUGUCUCUCACCACCACUUACUCCCUCAGGGCAGUCUGUUCAAUACAAGGCUGAACAAUGAGCGGCCUUCUUGCUGUAUUAAGCCGUGUUCUGAUUCCCUGGUGCUGUGUGCUAGUUCUUACAACACUAUUGUCUUUUUCUAAUGCCUCUGACUCACCUUGACACGGUGAAUACAGUGUUUCCCAUUCAUUUUCUAGACUCUGUGGUGGUACAAAAGUCUAUUUUGAACCACCACAGUUUUAUGAACCAAAAACAUUUUUGUGGGCCUCUUCAUGUGUAAAGGAAAAAUAGUCGCUUACUCGUACCACGAUGCAAAAGAGGGUGGUGUGGGCCCCAAGCCAGUGGGGCACACACGCACUGACAACACUCUUACAGUCGGUCCGGCUACGAUAACAAGGUACAGAGAAGCUUAGAUUACAACACGCAGAAGAGGGAGUGUGACUUCAUUCUACGCUCAGGACACCAUUACUCCACGAUAUCUUCACAAAGCACACAGUUGUUUGCUGCUAUAAUAACGUUCAAAAUGUUUUAAUUUAGCACCUUUAAACACAAUAACACAUUCUUUAGAUGACAGUAUAGUUAAAGGACAAUUUACUUUAUGCAGAUGUGCAGUUGCUAUUGCCAUUAAAGGAGGUCUUCUUCUGUCUCUUUCUUGUUCAUGAUGCUCAUAAUUGUACACCCAAACUAGUACAUAUGCAUAACAAGACACAAAUUAACAUGCACUCACACACACCACCACCAUCUGUGUUCCUCAGGGAAUGCUCUGUUUUCCCCUUCUCAGUGUCAGAACAGCUGUAAUUUAUAAACAAGAGGGAAGAUUAUGAUGACAGCAGAGGGUCCUAUCAGCCAAAAUGAAAUGGCUCGAAAUUGGGCUACUGAGUGUCAACAUUGUUUCUGCUGCUCACUAGUUUCAGUAAACUGCAGGUCUGAAUCAUGUGUGUGAUUUUAAAACAUAUCUUAUACACACUGAUUUGAUGCUUUUAUGCAAGCUGACAUUCACUGACAUCAAUAACAGAAUAAUCUGAAGUCUGUGGAUGAAUAUUACCAACAACUACUACUACUAGAGACCAUCUUGUGAUGGGAUCACAGCAGCCAGGGGAAUGAAGUGUUGGGACCAAUUUACACUUGCCCACUUCACCACCCCCUGAAAUACUAAUCGGUGUAGAAGAGAGAAGUUGAUCCCUUUUUUUGUAUUGAUCCUAUUGAUGCUAGAAUUAUUUGAACUAUUCUAUUCUUAACGAGACGUAGGGAUCCGUUUCCCCCCAGUUUCUGCUCUUCAUGCUAAGCUAACUGGCUACUAGCUAAAGUCUUACGUUGAAAUUAAAAAUAUGAAAGGGGUAUCGAUCUUCUCAUCUAGCUCUUGGCAAAAAAGGAAAUAAGCACAUUUCUCAACAUGUCCUUCAAGACACACAAAUGUACAAGAAAAAACUAAUAACUGUAAAUUCUGUAAAUUUUA